AUAAAAUUAUUAUGUUAUAAAUAGAAAAUCAAGGAAUAUAUUAUGAGUUUUAAAUAAUAUUACUACCUAUUAAUCUUAGUAUAACUGAAUAUUUAUUAAAUUAUCUCUAUGAUAUGAUUCCAAGUAAUUAGAAUGCCACGACAUGUUUUUCUAAGAAACGUUGGUGACGAUUAGUGCCCCGUAUAGGUCACAAGGUACGAUGUGAGAUUGUGGAAGCAACGCUAAGAGGUAAGUAGCAUGAUCAUAAUUAUAUGUGUGCUGUAAUUAUUCUGAUUGUGCAUGAAAAAUGUGAUGUUUACCUACACUACGCUAUGAACCAAGUCAAGGUUAGGCCCCUUUUCACGAAUCUCGAUGAAUUACGAUGAUAUGCUUGUGAUGCUAUGUUGGCAUGGAUUGUUAGAGGGAUGAGAUGUUAUGAAAAUCAUAUGUAUGCCAUGUGAUGUUCAUGUAAUAUUUAGAUCAUGCAUGCCAUACAAUGUUCAUGUAAUGUUUAGAUCAUGUUAUGCCAUGCCUAUGUUAUGCUAUGUGGUGUAAGACUCAUAUUAAUAUGCCAUGUAUAACGUUAUGCCAUGCACAAGAGUAUGCCAUGCCAAGUAAAUUCAUGAAGUCAAAUAUGUUCUCAUGCAUUAUGAAAGUUAGUAAGGAAACACAUGAAUGAUGAGUGAACUUUAAAAUUGGUCUUAUGUGGUGGGUGGAUGUGCAAGCCACAGACUCAAGCGUGGUCCACCACAUGAAAUAUAUGAUGUUUUGAGGUGAAACAGACCCAAGCAUGCUUCACCACAGGUUAUGUUAUGUGGUGCCAUGGAUUCAGGUGUGGUUCACCAUAAGAUAUGUGAUAACAUGGAACCCUAUAAUAUGUGAUAACACAGACUCAAGCAUGUUUCACUAUAUGUUAUGAUACAUUAUGGGGUGCCACGACUCAAGCGUAGUUCACCACCAUAUGAUAUGUGAUAGCACGGACUCAAGCAUAUUUCACUACAUGUUAUGAUACGUUAUGCGGUGCCACAGACUCAAGUGUAGUUCACCAAAUGCUGAGUGAUAACACGGACCUAAGCGUGUUUCACUACAUGUUAUGAUAUGUCAUAUACGGUCAAUGACAAUUGGACCGAUGUACACAUGUAAUGAUGGCCAGUAAAUAAUUGAAAGACAAGAUGAACAGGUCAUGUAUGAUUCUUAGGAAAUGUAUGGAGUGAGCCAUUCAUGCAUCCACGUUACAUGUAUUGUCAUGAUUAUGUAUGAUUCCGCUCAUGUUACUAAUGAAUGAUAUAUAUGUUAUGUGAAUGUGUGAUGAUAUAUAUAAGGAGUUUUGCUAUAUACAAGUACAGUCGUGCACUAAUCUGUGUAUCAAUAUUGAUUUAUUCAUAUUUAAAAUUUAAAUUAACACUGUUUUCAAUAAAAUCUACUUUUUGACCAAUCACAUCACAUUAGUACACAGAUUAGUGCACAAUUGUGCUUGCAACUAUAUUUUUCCAUAUAUAAGUUCUCAAAAUUAAGCCUAAUGUUAAACUAAGUUAAGUUUACAGUAUGAUGUGCUAUUACUGAGUCUUCGACUCAUUUGGUUGUUUCUCUGUUUUCAUGUUUUAAUGUCCCAGAUGAUGAUUUCGUUGAUCCAAAGCGAGAGUGCCAGGAGUAGAAUAAAGACUUAGUGAAGGGGUGUUAAGGCUUUUUGGUUCUUAUAUCAUCUCAAGUAUCCCCUGAUUUUGAACUUGUCAGAGGUGAAACUUUUGCUAGUUUCAGUUGAGAAGGAAUUGCAUGCUUGAGCUCUUUGACGUCCUCCUUGAAGGGUUUUUGAAGGAUCAUAUUUCCAAGGAAAAUAGAAGAAUCUUACGGGAACUACUCUGCUGUUCUGUUUUUGCAAGUUUUGAUCUUUCAUGGAGCACAAAUCAGAUGAAACUUCACAUGAUAAGAAUGAAAACUUAAUGGGGAGUGAAGUAUUGAACUCCAAUCAGCCCGAGAUGGAUGGAAAAGAUGUUCUGAGUCCGGUUUUAAGUCCUCCUGGACAUCAUGUACAAGUUAACAUGGCUGAUCAGAAAGUUGAAGAAAAUGUACCUAAAGAUCCACUUUCUGAAGAUAUGUGGGCUUAUGGGGAAGUUAACAUGGAAGCCUCCAUUACAACCGAUGAUGUUAUACGGGCUGGUGGCUUUGGAGCUAGAGAUGAUAUAAGUAGCUUUCUUCCUGUUGCUAGUGAUUCUACCGACUUUGAAGCUACUAUCCGUGAUGCUCGAGACUAUGAAGAACCGCAGGGGGAGAUAUGCAGACCAGGUCUUGGCUGGACAGAAACUACAGAAGCAGAAUAGUUUAGCUGUUACUAGAACGUGAAAGUUGUUGCACUUAAAGUUUCUCAUAGUACCAGCUUGUAUGAAUUCAAGGUAUGCUCACAUGUUAGUUCAUGACCUAGGUUUAUUUUAUGGAUCAAAUACAUCUUUUUGUCAGCUUAAACUGUUAUUUUCAUGGGAGAGAUGUCAUCAGAUCUUGUAUGUGGAACCAAUUGAACGUUGUUUUACAUAUCGUUCUGUUUAAUAUGCUUAAAGUCUUCCUUUGCAGGCUGCUGCCUUGCACCUA